AUGAGCAUCAGCCUGGGACGCAAUGCGCCGUUGUCCCCGAUCUCUCUAGGCGGUAGCGAGUUUUCUGUCUCAAAGUAUCAAGGUCCCGAAGACGGCGCCUAUCCCAACGGUCGCUCCAAUCUCGCAUCGCCCCCGAAUUCGGGUGGCUCCAACAGCACCAUGAGUAUCAACGGCUUCCCCAGCGCUCCUAUCAACGGUCCAGGACCUGGUCCCGGGCCCGGGCCUGGCCCUAGAAGCACUGGAGGUCCCUCGCCGCCUGCUUCGAUUGCUCGGUCGAGUAACGGCACCCAGCUCUAUGCUCGCAGCGAAAGCGGUCGUAACAGCGUCCGCGGCGAUCUCGACGAGUCCGUCCUCAGCGAGCACUAUGUUGCUCUGCGUGCUUUUCUCAAUACCCGCGACCCCAAUCACAAGCAGCAGCCCAAUAAAGCCCGCGACAAGCUUUUGCGCCUUUCCUCGGUUCAAUUCUAUGAGCUGAGUACCGAUGUGUUUGACGAAUUGAUAAGACGACAGGCCACUGCCAGGGCUCCGCCGAAUGCUCCAAAUGGUCCUCCUUCCUUUCUGCUGCCCGAGAAGAACUUUCACCCAAAGCGAAAUCAGGCUCGCCAAAGGCUAUCGUCUCUUGGCCCACCGCGAUUUCGAGAUCUAGCCGCCGAUGUCUAUCACGAAUUAGAACGAAGAUUCCCUCGAUUCGUAGGAGCCGAUCUCGCCCGUACCGGAAGCCCCAUGUCAAUCAGGGGGCCGGGUACUCCAAUUAAUGGUAAUGGCUUUCCCCCUCGAGGUCAAAGCCGCAUGAGGAGACCCUCUGAUGCACCAUCUAUGAGAGGUCCUGGACCGACAGAUGCUUACGGUAUGCCAGCAUCACCAGGUGCCCAGAAUGGCGAUUACGGACGCCCAACCCCGAAACAGCUCAAUCAGAAUAAUACGAUCGUUCCCAACAAAAGUAUAAUGCUCGAAGAAGACGACGAAGGUGAAGGAUUUACAGAACCGGACCCGAACCGUGAGAGCAAACGGAGUGCUGGAAGCGGUGUGACUUCAGAGGCCGACAAGAAGCUCAUCGAGGACUAUCAAAAUCAGGUACGAGAACUACGUGAGAAAUUGGACAGUAUGGAGGAUGCCAUGAGGAAGAAGGAAGACGAGAUGAACAGUGCGUUGGAUCAGGAACGUUCUCGGUCUGCCACUACCAACCAGGAGAAGCAGGAAUGGAAUGAGCUGAGACUCAAUCUCGAGAACAAACUAGCUGAGGCGCAAAACUUGAACGACUCAAUGAAGCAGGAAUUGCAGCGCGUACGGGAGGAUCACGACAUUGAGAUUCAAAGGCUUAGGGACGACGUGACCGCAGCACAUGAAUCAGCACGCAGCACUGGGCCCGCUGCAUCGGAUUCAGACCUUCAGCGGGAAAAUGAUGAGCUUCGACAGGAACUCCGAGAACAACAGCAGGUCACAGAAGAGGUUCGGAAAGAGGCGCAAGAAUUCUUGCUUGAGAUGCGCCAACUUUCCCAGCAGAGCGGCUCAACACACGAACGACACGCAGAGCUGGAACAGACAAUCGAGAGACUCGAGCGCGAGGUUCACGAGUGGAAGAACCGAUACGCGGGCGCAAAGACGCAAUUGCGACACAUGCGCGCAUCUUCCGCUGGUCCUGGAAUUGAACAUGAUGCAGCAAAGCAUGUCCGGGAAAAGGGAUUCAUGGAUGACCGUGGACUUGUCAAAGAUGUUCACGUCACCAAGUUUCAAAUCGCCAUUGACGAACUCCUGCAAAAAGCACGAACCGAGGAUCCAGAAAAGGUUAUCGACGCAAUGAAGCAAGUUGUUGUCAGCGUCCGCCGCAUUACCAAGGACAUAGAAGUCCCACAGAAUAGUGAUGAAGACUUCGCACAGCAACAGGCCAAGAUCAGAUCCAAGGUAUCUUCCACCGCAAACAACCUCAUCACAGCCUCCAAGAACUUUGCCCAUAGUGCUGGAAUGUCCCCGGUCUCACUGCUCGAUACGGCAGCGUCACACUUGGCAGCGGCCAUCGUGGAGCUUCUUGGUCUGGUCAAAAUUCGGACAACCCCAGCUGAAGAAUUGGAUGAUGACGACGGAACUGUAACUCCCGCGGAUUCUAGUGGACUCUUUUCUCCUGUAGCUACGGAGCAUCCCUCGACUACUCAAGGCGGGCUCCCUCCCCCACCGCCCUUCCAGGGUCUUGGUGGUAUGCGAGGAAGCAUUGACUCUUCGGCAUACAGUCCUUUGGGCUCACCUCGCCAAUCCGCGGAGCCAUACUCCGGAAGGCCCAUGUCCAAAGCGAGCGCGGUACCGAUCGGGCUCGGGCACUCCAAUGCGAACAACCAAGCCAAUGGGCAAGGAUCACAUCAGCUGGACCCCCGAGCCGCCGAAGACCUUAAACUCUACCUUGAGGACCAGAAUGCCCUCCUUUCAACCGACAUCCAGCAGCUUGUGAACACGAUCCGGGGUGAUGCUGAGAUGCGACAGAUUACUGGCGAGAUUGGCUCUAUCAAUGCCGUUGUUAGCAAUAUCAUUUCAGAAACACAAGCCUACGGCAUAGGCGAAAUGGCAGCCUCGUUGGCAAACUGCAGAGCACGACUCCUAGAGGCUGCUGACCAAGGCCAAGACAUGGCCAACAUUGGCAUGGAUACCAACUCUCACGAAUGGCGCAUGUGGGUACAAACCCUGCCACCCAUCGCAUUUGGGCUGGCGCGUGAGGCCAAGGAGUUGGCUCAACAAGCCGGCGAUAUGGCCAGACCCGGACGACCUGAUGACUUUUCGUAA